CUCUCAGAGUGGCCUGGAACCCGCGUCGCGAACUCCUGUAACUCACAGAGAACGCGCAAAGUCUCGCUCACGGUUUAGUUCUUUUUUUUGUUGUUGUUGGCACUUUUGCGUAAAGUUCAACCUAAUAAAGGGGGCUGCAUGGCUACGUGAGAAGUACAUGGACGAACUUGGAAGAAGUUUCCCGACGCUUUAUUGGAGCUUGAUGUCGUUAGUCAUUGUGGAUUACUGAUACACCGCACGAGUCUGUGAAGAGUGACCUUUGGCAACUAUUUAUUGGGAGUGUCCUAGUUUCUGUCUUCUCCAGAGGCCUCCGCCUUGACGUCCUUCGCCGAGAUGGGGAGCAAAGCACUGCCGGCACCGAUCCCCCUGCAUCCUUCCCUCCAGCUCACUAACUACUCCUUCCUGCAAGCUGUCAACACUUUCCCCGCGGCCGUCGACCAGCUCCAGGGACUCUACGGCCUCAGUGCGGUGCAAACGAUGCACAUGAACCAGUGGACGCUGGGUUAUCCCCACAUGCAGGGACUGAGGUCAACGAUAACUGAAAUGGCAGCUGCCCAGGGCCUGGUGGACCCCAGGUUUUCUUUCCCUUCGUUACCGUUCGCCGCUGCAGCGCACCUCUUCCACCCAAAACAAGGUUCUGUAACGCACGGUCUGCCCUCGUUGCACAAAGUCAGGCCGAGGUUUGAUUUUGCAAACCUCGCAAUCGCAGCCACUCAGGAGGAUCCUCCGAAAGCUGUAGACUUGGCAAAGCUGACGGAGGGACUCGGGGGCACGAUCUCUGAGCUGAGCAAACUCUCCCCGGACAGAAAACCAACCCGUGGCCGGCUUCCGUCUAAGACGAAAAAGGAAUUUAUUUGCAAGUUUUGUGGCAGGCAUUUUACAAAGUCCUACAACCUACUCAUCCACGAGAGGACACACACCGACGAGCGGCCCUAUACAUGUGAUAUUUGCCAUAAGGCCUUUAGAAGACAAGACCACCUUAGGGACCAUAGAUACAUCCACUCCAAGGAGAAACCCUUCAAGUGUCAAGAGUGUGGCAAGGGAUUCUGUCAGUCUCGAACUCUAGCCGUCCAUAAAACUUUACAUAUGCAGGAAUCGCCCCACAAAUGCCCCACAUGCGGAAGAACCUUUAAUCAAAGAAGUAACCUGAAAACUCACCUUCUCACCCAUACAGACAUCAAGCCCUACAGCUGUGGCCGCUGCGGAAAGGUGUUUCGGCGCAACUGUGACUUGCGACGGCACAGUUUGACGCACAGCCCACAUCAGGACUACUAGCCGGGAUGGCUGGACACCUAAAUAAUAACAAUGAUAAUAAUGAUGGUAAUAAUAAUAACUGAUAACAAUGGACAAGAGAAAAAGAAGAAGCCAAGAAGUAUUUUUUUUUUUUCUACUUAUUUUGGUUUUGCCCAAAGACAAUCUGGAAAUCAGGACACUUUACGAUUGGGAUUUUGGAAUCAGUUGAGUCUCAUUGGACCGCCGUGGAGCCGCGUCGUCUGUCAUAUCACCUGUAAAUAUCAACACCAUGUAAAUACUGUUUUUAUUGUUCUGCCUUGGAAAUAAACGUGUUAAAACCAGGCAUAAGUUUAAAGUAUGUUAAAUUGUAUUUUAGAAAAUAAAGCAAGUUAAAUAUUUCCAUUUGUAAGACUGCAUUUGUGUGUUGCGUAUGCCUGCAGGUGGAAACAUGACACGUUUGUAACCAAAAAUAUAAAUCCGACCGAGUAGAUCAGUGGACUUGUCUAUGGGUCUUCUUGCUAUAAGACAGGUGGUUAUUCUAAAGUCCUUUAAGCAUAGCUCUCAGAAAUGGUUGAAGAAUAAACAAUAGAGGCCAACCUCAUUUUUUUGUUUGACUUUUAUAAUUAUAUAUUUCAUUAAUGUUUUUGUUAAAGAUGUUUACAGGUUAGCAGAAUAUAUUAAUGUAUUUCCAUUGCCUAUAUUCACGUCUCCAACUCAGAGAAAUUAUGAACUAUAAUGCGUCGCCAGUUAUUCCAACCAAGCUUUUAGCCUGAUAUUUAUCAAUAUAAGAAUAUCAAUAUCAAUAGCAGCUGGUAGAUCUACAAGCAAUAGCGUAAUUGGCACACACUGAAGAGUUAUAUUAAGGCACCUCACCUAAAAUUAAAGACCCUACUAUAGGCGAGGACUGCGUGUAAAAUAGAUGGAUGUUAUAGAGUCAAUAACGAUCGCUAGCAUUAAUACAACUAGGCAUAGGCUACUAAUACAAUAAAUAUUACAACUAAUAAAAACAAACUAUUUCUAAUUAUAAUUAUAAAAACUCUCUAUAUAAAGUAGCCUAAAGUAAUAUUAGCUUCAUAAUAACGCAUUAUAUAUUUUAUAUAGCCUAGGCCUAAGCAACUAAGGUCUUCUAUCUACCAAAUAGUCUUGACUUUACUUCAGUUCUUUUAUUUUCAGGGAUAAUGGAUUCGUUUCCGUUGGAUUCGAUCUUAACACGCAUUAUACAAAGCUUAUUUUUAAAUUGUGCUAAAUUAACAUCUUGAUCGUUUUAUUAAAUCGACAAAUAGCGGCCUAUCCAUUGACGCAAUAUCACUUGAUGCACUUGCCCCCUCGUCGCGUGGAUGACGUUUCAUUUCUUUAAUUAUAGGCCUAGGCCUUACGUUGUGAUAUCAUUCGACUGUGAAGUUAUUUGAAUUAAGGAAAUAUUGAAGUGCCCGCAAACAAAUAAUACAAUUUAAACAGUAUUAUUUGACCGGGAAUAAAAUAUCUCACUGCAGGUGGACUUUUUUGGAAGCAACAAAAACCAUUGAGUUCGUUGGAAGCAUAUGCAAGUCUUUGCAUUUUGUCUCUUAUUGGGAAGUUAAACAAAGAAGAAAUCAACGAAUAGGCCAUUUGAACAAUUAAUUAAAACAUAUAGGCCUAUUUCUUUGUCUGGGCCUAUUACUAUUAUUAUUAUUGCCCAAACAUAUGGAAUUAGCGAUAAUAGGGCUGCGUUUCUCACUGGCCUACGUUACUGAACCCUCUUUCCAAUGGGGUAUAGGCCUACGGCAAAAUUAAGAGGUCAACGUGACUCUAAACGCAGUAUGAUUUAGCCUACUUGGAUUCAAUUCAACAUUUGGAGGCAACAGUGAAAAUGUGUAGGCCUAAUGUGUAAAUCGGUUGUUUUUUC